AGCGGAGCGCCGCCGACCCGGGCCGCGCGUGGCUGGCGGAGCGACCCGGCCCCGCGCCUGCCCCGCCCCGCCCCGCGCCCAGGGGUCCCGGGGCGGGCUCCGGGUACCGGCGGACGAUGCGGCGGCGCGGCCGGAGCGGCGGCGGGAAGCCGAGGCGGAGGUGACGCGCGAGGGCCGGCGGGCCGGGCCAUGCAGCGCUCCCGGGCGGCCGCGGACGAGGCGGCGGUGCUCCUGGCCGGGCUGGACCUGCGGGAGCUGCAGCCAAGCGGCGACUCUCCGGGUCGGGGGCGGCGGGGGCCGCGGCCCGGGCCCGGAGACGAGGCGGCGCUGGCGCUGGCGCUGGGCCGCCGAGGGAAGGGCGGCGCCGGCGUCCCCGAGGCCGGGACGGACGGACUGAGCCGUGGGGAACGCGGCCCGCGGCGCGCGGCGGCCCCCGAGCUGAGCGCGCAGCCUGCGGGCAGCCCACGGGUCAGCCUGGCGGGCUCCGACGGCGGCGGCGGCGGCGGGAGCGCCCGUUCCAGCGGCAUCAGCCUGGGCUACGACCAGCGCCACGGCAGUCCGCGCUCCGGCCGCUCGGACCCGCGCCCGGGCCCCGGGCCGCCGUCGGUGGGCAGCGCCCGCUCCAGUGUGUCCAGUCUCGGCUCCCGCGGCUCUGCUGGGGCUUAUGCCGACUGGCUCCUGCCCGGCGCCGGUCCCGCGCCAACUCGCUCCCCCGAGCCUGUCGGGCCGGCCCCCUUCCCUCUGCCUUCGCUCCCGCUGCCCCCGGGCCGAGAGGGCGGCCCGAGCGCGGCCGAGCGGCGGUUGGAGGCGUUGACCCGAGAGCUGGAGCGGGCGCUGGAAGCGCGCACGGCGCGGGACUACUUCGGCAUUUGCAUCAAAUGUGGGCUUGGUAUCUACGGAGCAAGACAAGCAUGCCAGGCAAUGGGGAGCCUGUAUCACACCGAUUGCUUCAUCUGUGACUCCUGUGGGAGACGGCUUCGUGGGAAGGCGUUCUACAAUGUGGGCGAGAAAGUGUACUGCCAGGAGGACUUCCUGUACUCCGGGUUCCAGCAAACGGCUGACAAGUGUAGCGUGUGUGGACACCUCAUCAUGGACAUGAUCCUCCAGGCCCUUGGGAAGUCCUAUCACCCAGGCUGCUUCCGGUGCUCUGUGUGCAGUGAGUGCCUGGAUGGGGUGCCCUUCACUGUGGACGUGGAGAACAACAUCUACUGUGUCAGAGACUAUCAUACGGCUUUUGCACCAAAAUGCGCCGCCUGUGCUCGUCCUAUUCUCCCCGCACAGGGUUGUGAGACAACUCUCCGUGUGGUGUCCAUGGAUAGAGACUACCACGUGGAAUGUUAUCACUGUGAGGACUGCGGGCUUCAGCUGAGCGGGGAGGAUGGACGCCGCUGCUACCCGCUGGAGGGCCACCUGCUGUGCCGCCGCUGCCACCUCAGGCGCCUCCGGCCUGGGCCACUUCCCUCACCUGCUGUGCAUGUCACGGAGCUCUGAGCUGGAGCAGGAGCCCGACCCUGGGGCUGUGUGUGUGUGUGUGUGUGUGUGUGUGUGUGUGUGUGUGUAGGCAGGAUGGGUGACCCAGGUUGGGCGGAGCUCUGCGUCAGGGUGGCACAGCCACCCCUCCUCCAACGCCCACCCUGCCAAUUGCCACCAAGCUGCUGUCCGAGGGGCCGGCCCCACGGCGAAGCUACUUCUAUUUAUUCACCGUCUGUGCCUUCUCCAGCUGCUUCCCUCCGUCAGGCUCUGCCCACCUCCCCUCACCCCAUCCCCACCCCACCCUGUCAAGGGGGCAGGCUCCCAGACUGCCUGGAUGGAGCCAGUUUCCUGUUCAGAAUGGGCCAGGGACCCCGUUGCAGAGCGCUGGGAGCAGGCGGUAUUUGGCCUAAGGGCGCACACAUUUGUGUGUCUCAUAAGCGGCUUGCCCACCAGUAUGUGCCUUGUUUGCGUGGGGUCACAGGAUGGUGUGGGGCCUGCAAAGGAGCCCUGCCUUUGGCCACUGUGGUCACUGGGUUUUGGCCACUUGGAUUCCAGUGGGUGUUUUCAGCUACAGUCCCACCUGGGGCUCCCAUCCCUAGCUCCUGGCUUGGGACUCCCCCCACCCCCAUCUUUCAGCUUCUGAAAAGAACCACGCCAAUCCCAGCCCUGCCCGCGGGAGAGCGCCGCUGCCAGAAAGCACUGGAUGGGGCUCCAGGACCAACGCAUAUGAUUUGACUUAAAUUAAGUUUUUCCAUUGAGAAUGUUUUCAUUUUCUUUAAAAGAAUAUAGUUUUCUUCUAAAACUUGGCCCACGUUGUUAUUUUUAGGAAAGUUACAAGAAGCAAAUGUCCACUUGUAUGUCAUAUUUUCAGGGUAAAAGCAUUGUAGUUUAACUAUUUUUGUAUAAAUGGCUCUAAAAUCUCAAUAUAUGUGUCUGCCUUUUA